AUGCCCGGAAGACAUCACAACAUUGCUUUGGCCAUUCCGGCUCCUCGUGAGGUCUACAAUGCAUACGUGUACGCUGUAGCAUUAGUAGCCUCUAUGGGUGCAUUCAUCUUCGGUUACGAUCUUGCCUUCAUUGGAACUACCAUCACACUCAAACCGUUCCUCAAAGACUUUGGAUUGACGCACGCUUCGGCAAGCGCCAAAGAUGCCUUUUCCGCCAAUAUUGUUUCUUUGUUACAAGCUGGUUGCUUCUUCGGCUCCUUGGCUGUCGCCCCACUAGGAGAUCGCUAUGGACGCAAGCCUGCGUUGAUUCUCGCUGGUCUGAUCUUCUGUGCUGGAUCAUUGAUGCAGACUGUGAGCUUUGGUCAUGUAGCAGCUAUGUAUGUUGGUCGUGCCAUUGGAGGANNAUUGUGGGGCGUUGGUCUUGCUAGUGGACUCGUACCCCUCUACGUUGCCGAGCUUUCUCCCCCAGCCAUAAGAGGUAGACUUGUUGGAAUCUACGAGAUCAGCGUACAGACCGGUACCUGUAUCGGCUUCUGGAUCUGCUAUGGUGUGCAACGCAACAUGGCCGCCACCUCGUCUCAGUGGAUCUUGCCUUUUGCUAUCCAGCUUAUUCCUGGUGUACUCUUGAUCGUUGGCAUGAUCUUCGUGCCUGAGUCACCGAGAUGGUUGGCUCAACACAAGUCACGCGAACUUGCAGCACACACCCUUUGCAAGCUCCGUGGUCUGCCCGAGGGUCAUGAAUAUCUUCAAGAGGAGCUCACUCACAUAAUGGAUACUGUCAACGAGCAGCUCGAAAGCCCACACGACCAGGGCUUGAUCUCGCAGAUCAGAGAGCUUCGCGUCCCCAGCAAUCGCAGACGUAUCUUCGUUGGAGUGGCAAUCUUCAUCUUUAUGCAGUUUGCAGGAUCUAAUGCGAUCGUAAAUACANNGAACUACUACUCGCCAAGAAUCUUCAAAUCUAUCGGUCUCAAGGGACAGUCCACUGGUCUCUAUGCUACUGGUAUCUACGGCAUUGUCAGACUUAUCUGUGUCAUCAUCGCUAUGCACUACGUUGUUGAUCGCUUUGGACGCAGAAAGAUGCUUAUGGGUGGAGCAGCGGUGAUGGCCAUUGCAAUGUGGUUCAUUGGUGCAUACAUCAAAAUUGCCAACCCUGCCACACAUACCGUCGGUCUGUCUGCUGGAGGCUACGCGGCAGUCACCUUCAUCUACAUCUUUGCUGUCGGUUUCUGUUUUUCCUACGCUGGAGUGCCAUGGAUCUACUGCUCAGAGAUCUUCCCUCUUCGCAUCAGAGGUCUAGGUAUGGCUCUUUGUACUGCCACGCACUGGUUGUUCAACUUUGUGAUCGCAAGAUCCGUGCCAUACAUGAUCUCCAAUAUUGGAUUCGGCACAUACUUCGUCUUCGCCAGCUGCACGACACUCUCAAUUGUGUUUGUGUACUUCUGCGUGCCGGAGACCAAGGGCUUGUCUCUCGAAGAAAUCGACGUUGUGUUCGGUGGAGAGCUGACCAGUGGACUUGAAGGUGCUGCACUGGAAGAAGUAAAGAUUGGUGAGGAGGCCACACACGUCGAGUACGUUCAGAAAUCAUGA